UACUGGUUCUCAGAGAAUGAUAAAACAUACAGAAACACCUCCGAGGAGAAUCUAUCAAUAAUUGAUCAUCCUGAUCAGAAUCUCUUUACUGUGUCUAUGAGAAACCUGGAGAAUGAAGACACUGGACCUUAUAGUUGUGUUGUGGACACUGAAGGAAAUCUGGCCAGCAUAUAUGAGGUUUAUCUCAAUGUUCAAUCUGCUCUUGGUGUGUCUGUGGUGAGCAGCAGUGUAUCUGGACAUGAAGGUGGUGAUAUCAGUGUUAAGUGUCUCUACAGUUCUGAAUAUCAGAAUGACGUCAAACGUUGGUGCAGAUAUAAAGAUCAGAGCUGUUACACAGUGGGGAGGACUGACACAUCCCAGAAUUCAUCAGUCCAGAUCAGUGAUGAUGAUGAUGGGAGGAGAUCCUUCACUGUGCUGAUGACUGGACUGAGACUGACUGAUUCUGGCUGGUACUUCUGCUUUGCUGGACAGGCAGUGAGUUCUGUUCAUCUGACUGUAACUGAGGCAGAACCAGUCAAAGAGAAAGACACAGAUAAUGAACCCCUGAAUGUGUGGCUUCCAGUUUCAGCUGCGCUUCUGCUGUUAUUGGUUCUGAUCGUUUUUUUCAUCUGGAGAUUGAGACGGCGACCCAAGCAAGACCAACACCAAAUCAGAGAGAGAAACAGCAGCACAACCAUUGACAGAGAUCCCAUCAAGGACAUAACCUACUACAGUAUUAUUGAGGAUGUUCCUCGGAGUGAAGCGAUAAAGUCUCCAGCAGGUGGAGCAAUAUACAGCAUAAUAUACAGCACUGUGGGUCCACACUGACAGCAACAGUGAGAACUAGAGAUGCACUGAUUGCAAUUUUCUUGGCCGAUUCCGAUUUUUUGUUAGUCUGAUCUGCCGAUAACGAUUUUUGCCGAUUCCGAUUUUCUUUCUAAGAACUAUAAU